CCACAUAUGGAAAAAUAGAGGAUGGUGCCUUGGAUGUGACUAGAACACACAAGUUCCCAGGCCCUACAAUUGGCCCCCACCCGGGAACAGAUCUUUCUAAUUGCAUCAGGAUGAAUGAUGACCUAAGUAUGGAAGAGAAUGCUAUUGAACGCUUGACUUCUGAGAGCCUGCCACAGUCCAGAGACUAUUCCACACUAUCAUCUCCUGGACACACGUCAUCCACUGAGAGUACUGUAACUUCAAGUGACGCAAGUCCAGCUCAUGAGAAUAGUGCACUCCAAAGCUCUGUGAAUGAGAACAAAACCAUGUUAAAUCUGGAAGCCAAAGAGGAAACCAAAACAAUAAAUGAGCCUAGAAAAGAAUGUGUCGCAGGAGACGCUGCCGUUUCCUCUCCUCCUGUAACCACUGUGAAAUUGGUUAACUUUAAACAAAGCGACAACACUUCUGCAAAUGAGAAGGAGGUAGAGGCCGAAUUUCUCAGAUUAUCUUUGGGAUUUAAGUGUGACUGGUUCACCUUAGAGAAAAGACUGAAGCUGGAAGAAAGAACCCGUGACUUGGCAGAAGAAAAUUUGAAGAAAGAAAUCACUAACUGUGUGAAGCUGUUGGAGUUGUUAACACCUCUUUGUGAAGAUGACAACCAGGCCCAGGAGAUCAUCAAGAAGCUGGAGAACAGUAUAACGUUCCUCAGCCAGUGCACAUUACGAGUGGCCAGUAGGGCUGAGAUGUUGGGAGCCAUUAAUCAGGAAAGCCGGGUUAGCAAAGCAGUUGAAGUAAUGAUUCAGCACGUAGAAAACCUGAAGAGAAUGUAUGCCAAAGAACACGCUGAAUUAGAAGAACUGAAACAGGUUCUUUUGCAAAAUGAAAGGUCUUUUAACCCUCUGGAAGAUGAAGAUGACUGUCAAGUUAAAAAACGCUCAGCUUCUCUAAACUCCAAGCCAUCUUCUCUUCGAAGAGUAACGAUUGCCUCUUUACCCAGAAAUAUUGGCAAUGCAGCAACGGUGGCUGGGAUGGAAAACAAUGACCGAUUCAGUAGGAGGUCAAGCAGUUGGCGUAUUUUGGGGUCAAAGCAGAGUGAACACCGUCCCUCAUUACAGCGGUUUAUCAGCACCUAUUCCUGGGCAGAUGGUGAAGAAGAAAAAUGUGAGCUAAAAACUAAGGACGAUGCAGAGCCCCCUGGAGAAGAAACAGUAGAAAGGACAAGAAAGCCAAGUCUUUCUGAAAAGAGGAAUAAUCCAUCGAAAUGGGAUGUCUCUUCAAUCUAUGACACAAUAGCUUCCUGGGCAGCAAAUCUCAAGACCUCCAUCAGAAAGGCUAAUAAGGCGCUCUGGCUUUCCGUCGCGUUGAUUGUACUGUUUGCAGCUUUGAUAAGCUUCCUCACGGGCCGAUUUUUCCAGAAGUCCGUGGAUGCUGCCCCCACCCAGGAUGGAGACUCCUGGAUGUCUCUAGAACAUAUCUUGUGGCCAUUUACCAGACUCCGACACAACGGGCCACCACCAGUGUGACCGUAGGACGUCCUAAUGAAUAUGCGAGGUGCUGGAAGAAUCCAUCAAAAUUGAUCAAAAGACAGUUCCCAUCCUCAAAGAGCUCACAGUUUCAUAAGGAAGGAUCUCAUUUAGCUAAAGCCUUACCAGUAACACAAAGCAGGCUGUGUUUUGUAUAUGUCUACAGGGAGCCUCUGCCAAGACACGGGAGGAAGUGGGUUGUGUACCAGCCGUCUGUAUGUGUGUAUGAUUUAAUCUGACUUAUCCUGUUUGGGAAACUGCUCAGUCAUUUACUCUUUUAAGAAGUCUUACAUAUAUCCAGUCUGGAAGAAGCAAGAACAUAUACAGAAUGUGACGUGGCUCUGACUACCCUUGCACUAACACCGACCAGUUGUGGGUGUCCUCCUUUUGUCAAGUGAAGAUCAUACUAAAGGCUUACUUUCUUGGGGAAGAUUAUUAAA